GACGUCCCACAACAUAAAAGCUCUCCUCCUUUUCUUUUUCCUCACCCUCUCUCCAAUCCCCCCAAUCGCUUCCGAUUUUCUGCUUCCGGCCACCGUUCUUCUCAGUCAAUGCCCAUAGCCGAACGGCGGUCAGUAGCAGCUAUGGAAAACGGCGUCGUAGAGAACGGAGUCUGCUCCAUGGAGUCGGCUAACGGGAGUCUAGACGUCUGGAGCUCGAAGGAGUCAGAAUCUUCCUCCGCUGAUCAUCUUGUCGUCAUGGUCCAUGGAAUUAUGGGAACUGCCGCGGAUUGGAAGUUUGGGGCGGAGCAAUUUGUUAAAACACUUCCAGAUAAAGUUAUUGUUCAUUGUAGUGAACGGAAUGUCUCUAGGUUGACUCUAGAUGGUGUGGAUGUAAUGGGGGAGCGAUUGGCUGAGGAGGUUAUUGAACUGACUCAAAAAAAGCCUAAUCUAUGUAAGAUCUCGUUUAUUGGACAUUCUGUCGGAGGAUUAGUGGCAAGAUAUGCAAUUGGGAGGCUGUAUAGACCCCCUAAAAGUGACAAUAUGGAGCAUUCAUCUCCUAAUGGACGUGAAGAGGAUGCAAGGAGUACAUUAGCUGGCUUGGAGCCUAUGAACUUUAUUACUGUUGCUACACCUCAUCUUGGAUCAAGGGGUAACAAGCAGGUACCAUUCCUUUUUGGUGUUCCUGCCUUUGAAAAACUUGCUAGUGCAGUUAUUCAUUUGAUAUUUAGGAGGACAGGUCGGCAUCUUUUUCUUAAUGAUGACGACGAUGGGAAGCCUCCACUGCUUAAACGCAUGAUAGAAGAUUGUGAUGGUUGUUAUUUCAUGUCUGCAUUGCGUAGUUUUAAGCGAAGGGUGGUGUAUUCAAAUGUGGGCUAUGACCAUAUUGUCGGCUGGAAAACAUCAUGUAUCAGACGUAAUAGUGAACUUCCAAAGUGGGAAAAUACUAUUGACGAAAAAUACCAUAUUGUUUAUGAAGAACACUGCAAGGCCUAUGACGCUGAGCAGUGUGAGCCUACUUCAGCGGAGGAUGGUGGCUCUGACGAGCUUGAAGAGGAAUUAUUGAAAGGCCUAUCUUGCGUGUCCUGGGAAAAAGUAGAUGUUAGUUUCCACAGCAGCAACAGAUUUGCUGCUCAUAGUGUCAUUCAGGUCAAAAAUAAAAGUGUACAUAUAGAAGGUGAAGAUGUCAUACGCCAUAUAAUGGAUCAUUUCCUCAAGUAAAACCUAACGACAGCUAGAAGAAUUGUCAUCGCGACGUGGUCCUGACUGCGGUUCUUUCAGUAAUGCUACGCGGAGUGGAGAUAAAUCCACGAUUAUCUGCACCGUUGAAUUGUAUCUCAAUUACCGGCCGAAAGAAGAAUGUAUCUGUAUUUUGUUGGUGCGUUGCAGCUUGUGGCCGAAGGCAAUCGGUUAUUAGACCGAAAAGCUGUGCACGAAAUGUGUUCAAUUCAAGCAAGCUAUGUGAUAGAAAUUUUGUUUACUCGUUAUGGUACGGGAUGAUAUGUAUGUAUAUGAACCAGAUCUUCAUUACAAAUGCAAACAUUUCCACGUGUUUAUCUA